AUGUCGGAACCACACAAGAAACGACGCCUGUCACAGGACGAUUCUCCCAAAGAUGCCGAUACGAAAAUGAACGACACCAAGACCGAGGACACAGAUGCCACCGCACCAAUUCAACCGAAGCGAACCCUCUUCGUUCGAUCGCUGCCCUUCUCGGCGACCACUGAGACUCUCGGCGCGUACUUUUCACAGUCCUAUGUGAUUAAGCACGCCACUGUUGUCAGCGACCCACAGACCAAGAAGUCAAAGGGAUAUGGUUUCGUUACCUUCGCCGACCUCGAGGAUGCCGAGAGCGCCCUGAAAGAGCUCAAUGGAUCCACCUUUGAAGGCAAGAAGAUUCGAGUCGAUUACGCCCAAGCCCGUCAACGUGAAAUUGACGAGAAGAUCGGCAAGAGUGUUCCUUCCGCUGCUGUUCUGAAAAAGAAACAAGACCGAGAAGACCAACGAUCGGCCGCGCCACCCAAGUUGAUUGUUCGCAACUUGCCUUGGAGCAUCAAAGAACCAGCUGAUUUGAUCGCCCUUUUCCGCAGUUUCGGAUUGGUCAAAUAUGCUACUCUUCCCAAGAAGGGAACACAACUUGCUGGUUUCGGUUUCGUGACUAUUCGGGGUAGGAAGAAUGCCGAGAAGGCGCUCCAGGCAGUGAACGGCAAAGAGAUUGAUGGUCGCACAUUGGCCGUCGAUUGGGCCGUAGAGAAGGAGGUGUGGGAUACUCAGCAGAAGGCGGAGGAUGAUAAGGAGGAAAAGAAGGAAGAGAAGGAAGAGAAGGAGGAAGAGGAGGAAGAGGAGGAGGAAUCUGAUGAUGUCAAGAUGAAAGACGAUGAGGCUUCGGAGGAAGUCUCUGAGGUCGAGGGAUCUGAUGAAGAGGAGGAUGAGAACGAAGAUGAGGAUAUGGAAGAUCUGGGUGAUGAUGAUGAGGGAGAGGAUGAGGAUGACGACCGCAACAAUUCGACCAUCUUCCUACGCAACCUGCCCUUCACUUGUGAUGACGGGGCUCUCUACGAACACUUCAAACAAUUCGGUCCUUUGCGAUAUGCUCGUAUCGUCGUGGACCACGAGACUGAGCGUCCCCGUGGUACUGGCUUCGUGUGCUUCUGGAAGCCCGAAGAUGCAAUCACCUGUGUACGUGAAGCUCCCAAGAACAGUAUGCCACAACCUACCGGCAAGGACCGUAACAACGCGAUGAAGCACUCCGUCUUGCAGAACGAGGCCUCUGACCCCAGCGGUCGGUAUACCUUGGAUGGCCGUGUUAUUCAGGUUGCCCGCGCUGUGAAUAAGCGGGAAGCUACAAGACUCGAAGAGGAGGGUGUUUCACACCGUCUUGUGCGUGACAAGGAUAAGAGACGUCUUUACCUUCUGUCUGAGGGUACUAUUCCUUCCAACUCUCCUGCUUACAAGAUGCUCUCCCCAUCUGAGAUCAAAAUGCGUGAGGAGAGUCACACCCAUCGUCAAACCGUCAUUAAGAAGAACCCUGCCCUUCACCUCAGUCUCUGCCGUCUCUCCAUCCGCAACAUUCCUAAACACAUCACCUCGAGAGAUUUGAAGCAGCUUGCUCGUGAAGCCGUUGUUGGCUUUGCCACUGAAGUCAAGAACGAACAGCGACAGCGUCUGUCAAAGGAGGAGGUUCUGCGAUCUGCCGACACCAUGAAGGAGCUGGAGCAAUUGAGAAAGGAAAAGCGUGUGGGUAUUGUGCGACAAGCCAUGAUUGUCUACGAAACCCGUGAGGGUACCAAGGUCUCAGAGAAGACUGGUGGUGGUCGCAGCCGUGGUUACGGUUUCAUCGAGUACUAUACCCAUCGUCACGCAUUGAUGGGUCUGCGCUGGCUUAACUGCCACGCCGUUGAGAUCCCCGCUAGUGCUCAGGUCGAUGGUGAGAAGGAGAAGAAGAAGCGACUGAUUGUGGAAUUCGCCAUUGAAAACGCACAGGUCAUCAAACGCCGUCAAGAACUGCAAGAAAAGCAGGAGAAGGACAAGGCCGAAAAGGAGAAGGCUAAGGCUAAGGCCGAGGAGGUACUGGCUGGCCAGAAGAGGAAGCGCGCUGCUGAAAGGGAGGCUGCGAAGGAAGCCGAAGAUGAGGAGGAGAACAAGCUUGCGAAGCGCAACCGUAUCAUCGCACAGAAGCGGAUGAAGCGCAGAGGUCGCAAGGGCUAG